CUGGGUAGCCAGUGGCUGGAGCUUUGCUGUGAUCACAGGAUACUACACAUCCCAGCCUGCAGCACCAUGUCUGUCAUUACCAAUACCCUCCUCCUGGCGCUGACCCUGGCCAUCGGGGACAUCUUAUACUCGGUGGACGGCUGCACAUGUGCCCCCAGCCACCCCCAGGACGCCUUCUGCAACUCUGACAUCGUGAUCAGAGCGAAGGUUGUCGGUAAGAAGCUGAUGGACGAUGGGCCCUUUGGAACUAUGCGAUACACAGUAAAACAGAUGAAGAUGUAUCGUGGCUUUAAGAAGAUGCCUCAAGUUCAGUAUAUCUACACAGAGUCCUCUGAGAGCCUCUGCGGGGUCAAGCUGGAGGUCAACAAGUAUCAGUACCUUAUCACAGGGCGUGUGUAUGAGGGGAAGGUCUACACCGGCCUGUGCAACUUGAUUGAGAAGUGGGAUAAGCUGACACUUGCCCAGCGCAAGGGGCUCAAUCACCGCUAUCACCUGGGAUGUAACUGCAAGAUCAAGCCUUGUUAUUACCUCCCGUGUUUCAUCACCUCCAAGAGCGAGUGCCUUUGGACAGAUCUGCUGUCUAACUUUGGCGCCCCCGGCUACCAGUCCAAGAAUUACGCCUGCAUCAAGCAGAAGGAGGGUUACUGCAGUUGGUACAGAGGAUGGACUCCCCCUGACAAAACCGUAAUCAACACCACGGACCCCUAAGCUCAGAGACUGUAAUGGACAGUAAACCUUUAAAAUAUAUGCGGCAAUGAAAUUAGUGCCUGAUUUCUUGCUAAGUUUAGCACUUGGAACACUUAAGUCUUUGCCCUCAUACUGAAAGUAUAUAUUUUUUAAACACUUAUUUUCAAUCACCCAUUUAAGGCAGAUACACGUGUGCAGGGUUCUGUUGGAAGGUCUUGCUUCAUUUGUGUUUUCCUUCUUUCUAUAAAAUUAACAGUCCAUGUGGCCUGCUGACGUAAGCCAUCUUAUUUUGAAUUGACAGGUUCGGCACAGUUUUUUCCCAUAAAACAAGGAAAGACAGACUGAUAACAGGUUAGCCCGGAUACUGGCUGAAAUUCUGUCAUAUUGAAAAGUGCUGUGCUUUAUUUCUUUUUGCAGCUUGAACCUCCUGCCACAAGAGGCGCUGUGUAAUGAUCUUUUAGAAGCCGCUCUAGGCUGCAAAAGACCUAUGGUUACUCAAAUAAUACCCUAAAAAUAAAUUAAGUUACAGGGGAAUGAAGUGGGGAUGCUUGGGAUUAUCAAUGUGAUAUUUUUUAUUUUUUUUUACGAAACAUGUUGGACCUGGUCACACUCGUAGACUAUUUUUUAUUGCGAAGUAUCGGAGACCCCAGCAUCUGGUUGGGAAAACAUUUUUUAACAUUGCACUAAUAAAUGAAAACAUAUCUUUUGUAUGUUGCUAUGUACUUCUUAACAAAAUGUUCAUGGUUCUAUAGUGCCUUGCAGGUCACAGGCAGGACUAGCCAGAGAGAAUAAGCUAUUACAGCCUUCAAUGUAGAGGCUGGAAGUGCCCUCGUGUACACAUGGAUUCAGAUGCAGCUCCCUCUUGUGGCCCGGAAGAGUAUGCAGUACCUGGAAGCUCUGUUACGUUAAGGGCUCCACAAAAUUAUAUUAUUUUUUUAUGAAGUAGCUGUGAUAAAAGCUAUCACCCAAUCAUUUUAGACUAAGGAUAAUCAGAGCUAUUCAUUUGAGGUAAGAGGUUGGGUGCAGUUAUAGAGCUGAAGUGAUUUACGUAAUAUUCUGAAGUAUUCAGAAUAUUUCAAACAAAGCGGGAACUUGUUCCAAGCGGACUGUUUUAUCUCUUGUCGAUUGACUUUGUAAUAACACGUAUCAGUAUGCAGUAUACGUGCCAGUGCUUGGACAGGAGUACAUGUUAUAUGCUGUUGCGUAAUGACAAAUGAGGCAAACGCAACCUCAUCAAGUUGCCUGAUACUGUAUGUAAUCUCUAAAUUCUGCAGUAAUUACCCUAUUCAAUUAUUCAUAUGCAGUUGCACCUCCGAGCCACUAGAGGCACUAAUAAAAUUAACUGUUUCUGAUAAUGAGAUUAUUCCACCAUGAUAAUCUCCGCCACUGCCUAGACUCCCGCCGUCCAUCGUCCGACCACAGUAGAAGGCCACUUUUCAGGAUAUCAAACAAAUGUGUUCAAUUGAAGCAAAUUAAAUUCUAAAUUUAUUUGUAUUCCUGUGUGUGUAUUCUUAAAAAAAACAGAGGUCAAUGGUGGUGCCUUCACGCCCACAUCUGUGGGAAUCCAUAACGUGAAUCUAAAUUAUGUAUUGUUGUUGCUCUCGACUGGAUGUUUUAUAGAUACAUUAUAUGUAGAGUUCUAAUAUAAACGUCUUGAACUUUUUUUGUUUUUGUUUUUCGGUUCUGACAAAAUGGGUGACUACGUUUUUACUGCGAUUGUGUGACGUAACAUAUUUUCUGGUUUAUAUUUUCUUUUCUCUUUAUUUAUCAGAUGUAGAGGAAAAUGUUGUUUUUUGUUUUUUUUUUAUAUAUCUUCACCCCAUUCCAAGUAGAGAGUAGUUGUUGUUUUUUUUGUUUUAAUUAUGCUAUUUUACAGGUUUGCUACAUGAUAUCACAAAUAGGAAUAUUUUAUAUGGAUAUGCAUUUAUAUUUGCAGAAAGUAUUCCUGACUGCUAUUACUGAGAAGUGCAUUGCUUUUUGUAGUCCUAAAUAGGAAUAAGCGUUUUCCUACAAACCACUUUCUAGCACAGGACGGAACAUUGUGGAUGGAACUUUUGUUUAAACUACAACUCCCAACCUCUAGAGCCAGCUUUGGGUGGCCUGAGGACAGCUGGAGCUGUACUGUGCCAUAUAUAUAUAUAUAUAUAUAUAUAUAUAUAUAUAUAUAUAUAUAUAUAUAUAAUGUGCGCUGAAAUGGAAUCCUGAUCGGUGUCUCUCCAGCUGCUGGAGACUGGCAAUGCAACCUGGGACUUAUAGUGCUCCAGCAGAUGGUGUGUCAGUAUCAGUUGCCUCACUGCUGGUACUGCCUUCCUUUAAUUGGUUAAACCGUACAGUAGAAUAUCUUUUUCUUCCUAAAAAUCCAUUUUUAAAGCAGUGGUUUGGUGACAUACCAGCAUUUAAUAUCUAUGGUCUGUUAUGUGACCUUUUUAAGAGUUAAUGAGUUCUUGUGGCAGCCAUUUUGUGGGCCGAAUCCAUCUUUGUGACAACGCAGUAUAUCCAUUCACUAGUAGCCAGCUACAUCGCGGUGGCUAGUAGUCAUGUGUAACGGGUUCCUAGAGCAUGGACAGGCUGCAUUAACAGGAAAACUGGUUCAGUUCACAAAAUGGCUGCCUCCGCUGUGUAUCGGCGCCUUGCCUUUUAAAUAGUGUAUUUGUGCUACACACGUGGAGGUCAGGUUUUUGUUGACUGACUUAAAUUUGAAAUUGUCUUAAGUCCCUUUGCCUUGCCCCUGUUUCUAUGUUCUGUGACAAUAUAUUUUUUUUUACCCAUUAAAGCCUUUCUCCAUUAGCAACUGUAGUUUAUGGAUGUAGCCCAGGCUAGGUUCAGACGGACACUGCUGGGACAAAGUGAUAGGUUACACAGAGACAGCUGAUGAGAUGUGAUGGAGGUUAGGCUAUAUCUGUCUCUUGAACAGGGAUAGUGAGAAUGCCUGGCCUGCAUGCCUUUUACCUCAGAAGGUGACCUGUUUCUGAAUGCUGGGAUGUGCUCACUACAGAACACAGAACCGAUUUACAGAUGUAGAUGCUUGUAAAAGUAAAAUUUGGACGCAAUUUGUGUCCUUCCCGUAUGUCCUUUUUUGGGGUGGCCAAAUAUAAUUGAAGCGUGCUAUGGGACCCUACCUCCUGUCGCUCUCUAUGGCGUUAGGCAGACACCUCAAAGCCUAGGGGCUGUAUUAAGCAAACAGUGAGUAGGCUAGGGAAGGGGACUCACCACGUCCGCAGAAAGGGAAAAACAUUUAAGAAGUAAAAUAAUAUAUUUGGGGAUUGUCAUUAAAUAAAACCACACUGGAAACUCCUAGAAACUAUAAAACUGACAAAAUAAGAGAUUGGGUACUAAUUACUGCAUUAACCAGCUCAACUAGUCAGUAACCUGUAGCAACCAAUCAGCAGUUAACCUUGAUUGGCCUUGUGCGGCUUAGGCGUAUAGAAGCGUACGCCUGAUUGGUUGCAAAGGGUGGCUGACAUGAAGCUUUAUUAUAGUAUUUGGCAUGCGUUAUGCAGUCCGUAUGCUGUAUGUAGUGACACAUGACCUGAGGAGAACAGGCUUGGGCAACACCACCCUGCUGAGGAGAAAUUAUAAAGGGUGGCAGACAGGUGCAAGGUCACAGGAUUAGGCUACACAACUCGUGUGGCAAAGAUGGCAAUGUCCAGGGAAGAUGUGUUGUGUACCGGCCGUGUGUAGCACAAACUCCCCAUUUCUCCAAUGUUAUUUAUGAAAUGUAAAUUCUGUGAUUGUAUAUUGGCUUCUGCUCUAAAAUGUUUGUGUUUUGCAGUAUAUUUUAUCCUAAACAUUAAACAAAUACUUUAUAUUUCUAUAAAA